AUUGCUGUUGGAUGCCUGUAGUUCCCUGUGUUAGUUUAGCAUUAUCUCCUCAUGUCACCGUUUGUGUCUUUGUUAUGUCAAAGUUAGACCUGCCCCUUGCUUUUCCCUGGCUGUAUCAAUGUUACCUGCCUGUUUACUCUCAUAAUAAAAGGCUUGCAGUCAAACAACACGUUGUUGGCACGUCAUCAUCGUCGAAGAACCCACCGACAUUACAGUUUGAUGCCAAAAUCAAAAAAAGCAAUCGACUCGUGUCGAUACAUCAGCAGUAGACUAUGGUGACAGUAACCUAAAUGAUACGGAGAUAGCCUGUGACUAACUUGAACGACAACGCCCCCCUCCUCUUUCACAUGCACGCAACCAAUGCGGGGAGGGGAGAGCGCGUUGAACAUGAAUAAAUCGGUAUCGCUGAAAGCCUACUGAGUGAACUGGAGUGUUGGUCUCUCUCUCUCCGGCUGUUGGAAUACUCCGCAUACUCAAAAUACUUUGUCUAAGUAAUCAAUGGAAGAAAUAAGUUUCGCUUCUUAUGAAAGCCUAAAACUUACACAUAACGCUGUAGUCGACCAGUUUUUAUUCGCAUCGUUUCGUAUCAGUUCUUGGAAACCAUCCUUCUAACUUGGAAAGGUGCGCAAACAAGGAGCGAAUUUAAACUGGUGCCCUUUUACGGGUCCCUCACCUGUGUACACGGAUGGUAUCCCUUUUGAGGAAAUUAUACGGCUGCACUCUCUGGGUACAGAGACACAUUUGAAAGAAUGAAGAGUCCUUGGGAGAAGAAUGCACGGUCGAAGUGUUGGUCUUAGACCGGUUGAUCAGAUGCUCCGAUGGGAGGGAAUGGUACUCACCCUACGCUGCUGCUGGGCUAUAGCUACCGCGGCAGCCUUCGUUGAUGCCGCUGACCCAUUGAGUUGGCUCCUUUCGGAUAAAGGACCGUUUCACCGCGCACAGGAGUUCACUGAGUUCACGGAACGAUACGAACAUGGCUUUACAACGAGAUACAAGAUUUACAGGGAGUUUGGGAGAUGGAGGGUUAACAGCAUGGCCUUGGAGAGACAGGAGAGCAAUGGAGUGGCUGCCCCUCUUGACCCAGAGUUUCUCCAUAACAUCAGAUUGCUGGGGCGAAGGCCCACCUUGCAGAAGAUAACAGAGAACAUCAUCAAGAAGUAUGGGACGCACUUCCUGCUCUCCGCCACUUUGGGAGGAGAGGAGUCUUUGACCAUUUUUGUGGACCAGAGGAAGUUGAGCAGAGGCCCAGAGGUUGGGAUCGAUCUGAACAGCACCUCAGCGCUGACCCUGGAGGCUCUUCACCAGCUGGCUGCCUCCUACUUCAUCGACAGAGAGAGCACACUGCGCAAGCUGCACCACCUUCAGAUCGCCUCUUCUGCCAUCAAGGUGACUGAAACGAGGACGGGCCCCCUUGGAUGCAGUAACUAUGACAACCUUGACUCUGUCAGCUCUGUACUGGUGCACAGCCCUGAAAACAAAGUCCAUUUGCAAGGACUCCAGGUCAUUCUGCCUGCCUACUUAAGAAACAGCUUCAUCCAGGCAGCCCUGGGCUACAUCGGCUGCAAUGCAGAGGGCCAGUUUGUUUGCCGACAGAACGACUGCUGGUGCCAGUGUCACCCCGGUUUCCCACAGUGCAAUUGCCCUGAGCAGGAGUUGCAUUCCCUGGAGGCCAACCUACUGCGCGUUAAAGAGACCUGGAGGGUGGCAAACCAAGGGUUUGAAGAGUCAGACGAGUUCCAGAGCUUUGUGGGUCGGCUUCCGUUGCAUUACGCCUUGAACUCAUCGGCCAUCUUGCACUUCUGGAGGAACGACGCCAGUCUAACGCAUCGGUAUCGGCUGCUGGAGACCAGCACCAGUCAGCUUCUCGCUAAGGCCCGGAGAACCACUAACAAGCUUUUCAGCCUGAGCAAGAGAUGCCACACUCAGCCCAAAAUAGUCCUGCAGAGGGAGAGGUCCUUCAGAUACUGGCUGAGCUACAUCCUCUCUAUCCUGUACUGCAGUGAGAACAAUCUUGUUGGCCAGUACUCAGAGGAAACCCACAGCUGCACCUGCCCAUAUGAGCAUCCUCCCUGCCAGGGCCUAACCCCAUGUUUAGUGGGCGAAGGACCUCGCUGUGCCUCAUGCUCCGUGGAGAACCGUACCCGCUGUGCCGGUUGCAACCCUGGGUACACCCUCGGCCACGGCUCGUGCCGACACGCGGUGCCCGACUCCUCGGACCACUACCUGGGCUUUGAGACGGACCUGCGGGAUGUGGAGCUGCAGUACCUGCUGCAGCGGCGGGACGGGCGCAUCUCGCUGCACGGCAUCUUCGUCAGCAACGACGUGCGGCUCAAUGCCUGGUUCGACCCGUCGUGGAGGAAGAGGAUGCUGCUCACGCUCAAGAGCAACAAGUUCAAGUCCAACCGCAUCCACAUGCUGCUGGGCCUCUCGCUCCAGAUAUGCCACACCAAGAACAGCACCCUGGAGCCCGUGCUGUCUGUUUACGUCAAUCCCUUCGGGGGCAGCCACUCUGAAAGCUGGACCAUGCCCAUCAACCAGCACGGCUACCCCAACUGGGAGAAGACUAAGCUUGAUAUCCCCCUGUACUGCUACAACUGGACUCUGACUUUAGGCAACAGGUGGAAGACUUUCUUCGAGACGGUGCACUUUUACCUAAGGAGCAAAAUCCGGGCUGACUCGGCCCAGGGGAACAGCUCGUUGUACCUGGAGCCGCUGGAAGUCACCGAUCCCUCCCAGAACCUGGGUUACAUGAAAAUCAACAGCAUGACGCUUUUUGGCUACAGCAUGCACUUUGACCCAGAGGCAAUCCAAGACCUGAUUCUUCAGCUGGACUACCCGUACACGCAGGGGUCGCGGGACACUGCACUGCUUCAGCUGGUCGAGAUCAGGCACCGGGUCAACAGGCUGUCCCCGCCUGGACCUCAGCCUCUGGAUCUGUUCUCCUGCCUGCUCCGCCACCGCUUAAAACUAUCCAGCUCAGAGGUGGUGCGGAUACUCACAGCUCUACAGACAUUCAAUGCCAAGCAACCAUAUUCUAUGGAAUAUGAACCCACCAAGCUAUGUAGUUAGUAGGCAGGUCCAGCAUAUUUUUUGCCAGUGUUGCAACUUUCCUUUGGUAACACUUCCUGUGAAUACCCUCUUCAUAAUACAUUGUAUACAUGUCUACAUUGCAUCAUAUGCUUUGCACAAGGCAUUAUAAUGUGUAUUACAGAGUUUCAAAAUAUCUCAUGAGGUUUUGUUAUCCCCUAGAUUGUAAACCUAGCCAUAAUGCCCUAAAACCAGACAGUUAUCAUCAUUUAUAUUAAGUGCAGCGGUAGUUAGAAAAGCAUAAUACUUCUUUCAAUAUAUUUUUCCAUAAUUCACCUAACUGAGUUUUCACAAUUUUCUACAUGCCUUAGGCAGGUUAAAGUUUUAGGUAAAAGUAAUAUGAUCUAUCAUUCUUAGAUUUAUGUAACUGAUUAUUCCUUUGUUUCCACUCCAUUGCAUAUAUUGUGCAAAGGCAUGAUUACAGUAUAUGUGUUGCCACAUUUAUGCUAAAACAAAGCAUUCUUAAUAGGUUUUCUCCUACACAUUUGGCAGUUGAUGUUGUUGGCAGGGGGCAGUUAAUAGGGACCCAAAUGUCUCAGGUGCAUUGCAGAUAUAAUGGUCAAGUGGACGGGCAAAUUGAUAUAAUCUAUCAAAGUAAUGCUGGUUGUGGUUCUGUUAAAUAUUUGUUGUGCUGGAUACAAUAGUGUUAUUGUGAAAAGAGACUCAAGACAUUCCUCUAUUUAGUACAUCCACAGUCAUGAAUAAUGCAACAAAAACCUUUCGCCUUUCAUCUUUCGCACCAUUUAUCACUUCUUCUCGCUGGCCAUGUUGCUGUGUAGAGCAGGAGUGGGCUACAGACAGUGCAUGUUGUACUGUGAAGGAGUGCCUUUACGGAUCCCAGGGACAACAUAUGCCGUGUGUUGAGGCUGUCACCAGCCAGUUGUGCACUGCUAUUGUAUCCUGCCACCUUUACUAUGCUUGUGUAACUAAAAAUCCCUAUGCACCAAGCUAGCCAACAUAACUAAACAUAACUCAAU